AUGCCCCUCCUUGAGCGAGGAUCACUGGUGUCUCUUUCAGCCCCCCGGUCUUCAGCUGUUUUGGAGUUAGCUGGAGUAAACUCACGCCCCAGGGCCAACCUCCAUCACACUGCUGCCCCUGCACCGCCCUCUAUAACGCAACAGCUCUUAAAGACCGUCGACAAGGGCAAGGCUUUACAUACGGGUCCCUCUGAAUAUCUACGAGCCGUGGACAAUAAGAGAGAAAGAAAAAAGGUCCACAUAUUUGUCUCUGAUUUACGAAGUGGACGCGAGAGAUGCCGAGCAGACGAGAGUGGGAAAUCUCAUUUGGCUAUCGUGCAGAGGGUCAAUAAUGAAGGAGAAGGAGAUCCUUUCUACGAAGUCAUGGGCAUUGUCACUCUGGAAGACGUCAUCGAGGAAAUCAUCAAGUCUGAGAUUGUGGAUGAAACGGACCUCUACACUGAUAACCGUACAAAGAGACGAGUAUCCCACCAUGAGAGGAAACAGCAAGACUUCUCCAUAUUUAAACUGUCAGAGAGUGAAAUGAAGGUCAAAGUUUCACCACAGCUUCUGCUCGCAACACAUCGCUUUCUAGCAACAGAAGUAGAGCCUUUUAAGUCGACGCAUCUCUCAGAGAAGAUCCUCCUGCGAUUGAUAAAGCACCCAAGCGUGGUGCAGGAACUCAAGUUUGAUGAGAAAAACAAGCGAUCACCAAAGCACUACCUCUUCCAGCGCAACAAGCCUGUAGAUUAUUUCAUCCUCAUACUGCAGGGUCGAGUGGAGGUAGAGAUCGGUAAAGAGGGACUAAAGUUUGAAAACGGGCCGUUCACAUACUACGGCUUACCUGCUAUUAUGACCAUCCUACCCACAGUCCACAGAUCACCGUCCCGGAGCAGCGGUCUCAAUCAUUCGGAUACUACAAUCCAUGGAGGCAGUCUGGGUCAACUGAGCAUCAGCGGAGGACCGUAUUUACCAGACUAUUCAGUUCGCCAGCUCACAGACCUACAGAUCAUUAAGAUCACUCGUAACCAUUAUCAGAACGCCCUGACGGCUACACGCAUGGACAGCUCUCCACAAACACCCGACGCAGACAGUCAAGUGCCCGGGGAGAGAAUGACAAUCCCUGAGACGCGUUCCAACAGCAUCGCCCUUCCUCUGACAGAACCACGGCCCUGUCUGACCCGAUUUCACCAGCACAGCCACCUCUACAGACAGCCAGACAGCACCAGCACCCUUAAUGAGAGAAACCGCAUCGUCCGAAGUAAAUCAGAUGGACAGAAGAGCCCCAGUGACUCUGUGUUCCUGCGUAUGGAUGACACCCCAUAUAUAAGAGACAAUCGCUUGGAGAGAAAAGAAGGAACUGAUGCAACAGCCGUACCCAUGGAGACGGACCUGUCUACAUCCCAGCUCAUCAGCUCUCACUCUUUGGGCGGCUCGGAUGAGAACCUGGGGAAAAAACUGCUCCGGAAGCUCAGCAACAAAAAAAGAAAGAAGUCUCGUGAUGGAGAUAAACCUUUGGAAGACAAUCCUGAACAAUCACAGGUGAAGACCUAGCAUUCAUUGUAUGGGUUUGCUUCUCUCUCGCUCUCUCACCUGCUUCUCCCACAAAUGUGAAAUCUUCUCCAGCCUUCCUCUGGAUCAUGAGUGAGAGAAAGCACAACCCAGUGUACAAUGACCAUCACAACAGAUGUAGCAUCAGAAAACCUUGCCUUCAGCAUUGCAACGGGCUGGACAACCUGUGAAAUAUAACAAACCGGAAAUGUACAACAUGCAGCAAGACACAUGUUUUUUUAAUUGACGAGAUGCUACGUAACCGUUGAUAUACUACAGUUUUGAUGGAGGUUUAUGAUGAUGUCAUCUCCAGUCACUGUGGUAAUGACAUUCUGACCGCUGACCCCGGGCAAAGCCAGCAAGCACAAGCCUGGAGACCUGAAGCCAACCGUUUGACCAAUGCGAGGGCAGAACCUUUAGUAUGGUCAUCUUUCAGUAGAAUUAUCCUGAAACAAAGUGUUUAUUGUGUGAUUUUAUAUCAUAUUAAGUGAGAGGUAUUUGUUAGGCUGUGCCUGGAACUCAAUCAAGAUAUCAGAGAACUUUGAGACAGAUCAGACCCAUUUAUUUCAUAUUCUGUUGAAUAGCUGAGGAGUUGCCAGAGAAAAAAUACCUAUAUUAGGUAAGUGGUGUCAGAAUCUUUUUUUUCUUAGAUUUUCUCUUUUCAAAAGAACUAAUAUUUUAGGCUUAUUUCUUAUCAUUUUGCUUUUAUUUUUGCACUUCUUGUUCGGCUGAGAGCACAGGGUACAAAGAGAUAUGGCUUUUUUUUUCUUUUUAGCUAUUUUAGGCCAUAUUUGAAUAGUUUUAAAUAGUCCGAGAUGCCAGUGCUAGUGGUCCGAGCACAUGUAUUUGACAACAGAUUUAUUUAUUUAAAAAUAAGAUUUAUUAUAUCUGCAUGCUUUUCUCAAACAGCAGUAUUAUUAUUGUUAUUAGAACAGCAUUGUGCUUACUGUAUAAAAUAUAGUUAGGAUAUGCGCAAGCCAUAACUUAAACAAACUUGAAGCAUUGAUACUAAAAUGUCACCUCAGAUAUAUAUAUAUAUAUACAGCAUAUACGUGUGUGUGUGUGUAAAAAAUCAUAAGCAAUAUCCAAAACAUGCAAGAAGCCUAUAUAGUAUUUUGUUUUUGAGCCCUUGUGAAACUGAAAACUAUAGAAUACUUGGUAAUUUUACUGCAAGAGGCUGAAAAUCUCAUUCUUGUUUUUCUUUCAUAAAGCAUGCUGCUAUGUGAAUUUCAUCUUCAAGCUUCAUACCUCCUGUAAAUUAGAGCCUUUUUAAAAUGCCAUUCAUACUACCAUUCAGAAGUUUGGUGUCAGUAAGGUUUUUUAAAGCAAUUAAUACUUUUAUU